CAAGCCAGCGGGCGGCCGCCCGCCAUGCAGAGUGCUGUGCUGAAGACUCAUUAUGGAGUCGAUGGUCUCCGGACGCAUGUCGAGGAGUCCACCUCCUUCAUGUCCAUGGCAGCAGGUGCAGGUCUUGGCGGUGCAGCUGGAGGUCUUGGAGUCUUCAUGCUUUGCAAUGCCAAGUGCCCUGGUGGUGUCAAGGGCGCAGGAAUCCUAGGUGGGGCGCUGAAUAUGCUGAAUCCUCUUACCCUUCUCUCCAGCAAGGAUGAGAAGGAAGAAAAAGAUGCUUCAGAUGAGCCGGAUCCGGAUAAGAAAUUGUUCAAGCAGGUGAACUACAUAGAAAAAGAGAUCUGCAACAUGAAUUGCAAAGUCGCCGCAUUGAUGGGUGCAGCAGCAGGAGCCGCAGCCGGAGGAAUGCUCGCCAAGUCGCGUGGCGGUGGUGGAUCUCCUAUGCCUGGUGGCGGUAUGAUGGCUGGCCCUUUAGACGAAGCCAAUACAGUGCCCUUCUUUGUUCUGACCAAGCAGCUUGAAGAUAUGCAGAGUCAGGUGAAUGAUGCCGUGGACCGAGUGCGGUCACUGCAGAGUUCACCGGUGUCCAAGGAUUGCCUUGGAAGUGAGAGCACACAAGACUUCAUCUAGGUCCUCAAAGGAUUCGGUUGACCAUUUGACUGAAGUGUUCUUGACAACUUGUUGGGUGCAGAUUUGCAGUAUUGUGCAGUUAACGUUGUUGAUAUCUCCAAGCAUCCCACUACCGGCUUCCAAGCGUGCCUGAACGAUGCAAAGCCUCAAAGCAAGGCCCUCAACGGUGCACCCGGAGUCGAAAGUACGAAUCCUGUCGUCAAUCAAACCAUGGAACCUCCCAAUCAAGGCCCAACAACAGUGUAUCAGUGGAUGUGCUGCGGAUUCAAUGGGAAAGUCUUGCUCCUAGUGGCGAUGCCAGGAGCCCCUAGUUGCUUCUUGUUCCUAGUAGUAAGGCCAGAAGCGCCUGGUAGCGUCCUUGCUCCUAGUAGCGAUGCC